UACAUAAAGACGAGAAUGACAGGUCCGAGAUGUGAUAGUGUUUAUGGUAUACAUCGCUACCAAGAAACUUUUCCGGAGUUUUUGCGAUUAAUGAAGCUCGGACAUACGAUCGACGAUUCGCGCGGAAAAUAUCCGGAAAUCACGGAUGAGCUGUUGGAAGUUCUGCAGAAUUGGGCGAAGGAGCACGGCCUGCCGCAGAUUCCCGAGGAGCAACUGGCUUUAUUCGCUCACAGCUGUUACUUCAACCUAGAAGCCACUAAACAAUGCAUGGAUGUUUACUACAGGAUGAGGACCAGUCUCCCGGAAUUUUUCAGCGACAGGGAUUCCAGACUCGAGUACUUGCAACAUUCUCUGAGAGCUUUGGAAUUUACAACACUUCCCAAGCCCGAUCAAAACGGCUUUCGGAUAAUUUUUCAUCGCCUGGCGGACACCCGACCGUUUCAGUACAUGUUCAACGACGGCAUCAAGCUGCUGCUGAUGUCCAUCGACGCGAGGCUCUACACGGAUGGCUGCUCGCCGGGAUACGUGUUUCUCUUCGACAUGCAGGGCAGCCGUCUCGGCCACUUGACGAGGCUGUCGAUAAACAGUAUCCGGAAAUUCUUAGAGUAUCUUCAGGAGGGCAUGCCGAUCAGGCUCAAGGCCAUUCACGUGUUGAACACGCCCUGGUUCAUGGACAAGGUCCUCGCGCUCAUCAGACCCUUCAUGAAGCGAGAGCUCUACGAUAUGCUUCACCUUUACACCGGUGACGUUUCCGACCUGUAUCCUCACAUACCGCGUGAAUGUUUACCGAAGGACUUUGGUGGGGAACUGGACUGCGUCGCAAGCCUUCACAAAUUGCAUUGCAUGAAGUUGGACCAAUUGCGGGACUAUUUUCGUGAGGAGGAAGCCCUGUUUCAUAAUUACUCGUUCGACAAAUUGAAAAUAUUAAAUGGCCAUUGAAUUACUCAAAGUGUUGAACGUGAGAAUGAUAAUUACAGUUAACGUAAGAUUAUAAAAACAGUUGAUAUAAAAAAGUGAAAUACUAAUGCGGAACGAUGAUAUAAGCUACUGAAUGUAUAAUGUAUAUAUAAAUAAAGGUAUCAUUAUAAACAUUA